AUGUCUGGACGCGGCAAGGGAGGAAAGGGACUCGGAAAAGGAGGCGCCAAGCGUCACCGUAAAGUUCUGCGUGAUAACAUCCAGGGAAUCACCAAGCCCGCCAUCCGCCGUCUGGCUCGUCGUGGCGGUGUGAAGCGUAUCUCUGGCCUCAUCUACGAGGAGACCCGCGGUGUCCUCAAGGUGUUCCUGGAGAACGUGAUCCGUGAUGCCGUCACCUACACCGAGCACGCCAAGCAG